AUGAUGAAGAUGCUCACGGGCCUGCGCCCCCUGACAGCAUGUGCUGACCAGAGCGAAAUCGUCGAAAGACUCGCGAGGCUUGCAAUGGAGGAUGCACGAACGGUUGACGUCAAUGACUGCGAAAGCAUGGUCGUCGACGUGCAAGAGCUUUUGAAGGCCACCUUCCACGAGAAGAUGACGCUGCAAGAGCCUAAAGAGAACACUUCGUGGCGAAAGGCGCAUGAUUCUGGCGAGUUUUCCCGGGACCUUGGGCGCUUGCGGACGCUGUUCGCUUCGGCUUCGCGUAUCAGCAUCAACGGUGGGCUUCACGAUACUAAAUCUAGGGAACUCAUGGAAUCGACACACGACAAGUACUCGCUUUCUAGUCAGGAGUAUACACAAACCUCCAACCUCAAAAGUGGUGCGAUCUUAGAUGGGCCCAAGGCACACCCACAGGUGGCCCCAAGGCACGGCAACAGAUGGGCGUAA